UCAUCAGGGAUCCUCACCACAUAAGUAUGAUCACUAGACAACACAGGAAGAAAACACUUAGGCUCUACUGUACUAACUCAAAUGUAUCCAGUAGGUCCAGGGUCAGCAGCAAGGUUGUGUCAUCCAGGCCGAGAAGAGCCUCACAGCAGGUCUUCAGAAGGAAGUCUCGGAAGGCAGCUAAUCAGCUCACCAGGGCUAAGUCUAAAGGAUACAUGUUCAUGCAGGAUAUUGGCAAGCAUAUUAUCACUGAAAUUCAACUCUCUGCAAUUAACUGUAGUCUAUUAUCCCCGCCUAGGAAGGUAUUUAAUGAAGAAACAGACAAGGAGAUGGAGGUAGUCGACGUUGUUAUGACUGAAGAAAAGACACCCAAAACAGUCAAAUUUGAACAAAAUUUGGGACGCUCUCAAGAGAAAACUACCAAAGUCCCAAAAAGAGCGACUAGAAAGUUUCACUUCAUCUCAAAAAAUGACAAGAGAAGGUCUACAUGAACCGUUGUUUCCCAAAAGAAUACUAAAAAUAACAAGACCACACUUGGAGCUUCAAAAUUGAAUGCUUACAGAAAGUGAAAAGCUCUAGGCUCUUCACAGAAUCGCCAAUUAAAUCCUGAAGAGACCAGUUUUGGAAGUUCCAGGCCAGGGUCUGUUACUUCUCUCUUCACAGCCUGAUCUGUGGGGAAUAGCAUGCAUUCUAGAAAUAAAAAUGUGAGCACUCUACAACAGAACCCAUGUUAUUCAGAUUUCCCAAAAUCAGGCCUUGAAGGUCACAGAGAAAUAGUACACGCCAUUGAAGAAAAAUGUAGUUUUGGAAUGACAAAUUACAGUAAGAAAACAGAAAACUUGAACAUACAAGAUUCAAUUCACCCAAACAGGAAGAUAUUCAGGAACAUGCCUCUGAUCACAGAAAUAGAAAGCGAUAUUGAGAUGAGCAAGGAGUCUCUAAAGGACAAAUCCUCCGACUCUGACAUCUCUACUGCUCCUCCGUACAAAACUGUUUUGAAGAGUUGUCCUUCAAGUGAUAAAGUUCCUUCAGCUACAAUAACCUUGAAGUGAAACGAGAGUACAUUACAGAGUAAUUAUGCUUCAAAUAUGAAGUCUGGAAGCAACGCAGUCAAAGAUUUUCCAUGCUUCGCUACCAAAAAUGUGAUCUCUUUCAAGAGCAUCAAAGAUCCGGGACCUAUGCCUUACAACCUCAUCAAGGGUGAUGAUGAUGAAGACUCUGAAUCAGAAGAUGUAACCAGGGGCAAAAGACAUCUUCUCAACGAUCUUGAGGGUCUUCUCGUGCACCUAAAGACAAAGAGGAAAACGAAAUGAGGCAAAAGUUGGCAUAAUUUUAUAUAAAAUAAAUUAUCUGAAUACUCCCAAAGUCAAGCAGAAGGCCAAAUCUGC